UAGAGAAGGCUCACUGGGGCGCUCACGUUGGUGCUGGGAAGAGCGCGGUUGUUGAAACUUUGCUUGCGAUUAAAGGUCAUUUCUAGAGACCAGGGACCUUUUAGUAAUAGUGAUUACAUCAACAGUGCUUUAAAAAUACAAAUUGUGACACAUCCGAUGGACUAAUUCACCAGCGUCCUUCAAAAAUGUCAAGGUCAUGAGGGAGAGAUGGCCUGUGGCACUGACCUAGCAGGUUGGAGGAGGCUUAAGGAGGUGUGACAGCUUCACGCGUCGUGGGACCCGCCUUUGGAUCCCUGGGAAACUGGCCUCCGUGGGGAAGCCAGUGAGGUCUGAGUAGAGCCCGCGCUGGUUGGUGUUGCUGCAGCAAUGUGAAUUCCUGCUCUGGACGAUGCUUCUGUGGUUCUACGAGGUUCACAUCCUAGACCUGGUGCAGGGAACUCUGAGCUGUUGCAGCUUUUCUGUAAAGUCUAAAAUUAUGUCAAAAUGAAAGGUCGGAAAGGGAAAAGCAUCUACUUACCUGAAAACGUUCACUUUUAGAAAAAUCUGGAUGAACUAGACUCCCUUCUUCUGUCUCCUUCCUCAAGCCCCGGCGUGAACACGCUUGAGAUUUGUGCUCUUUUUGUUGUCUUGUUUUGCAGACAGAGUUUACAUGGGGCCGGGGCAGCUGUAUCAAGAUUUACAAAACUUGCUGCAUGACUUAAAUGUCAUCGGUCAAAUCACUCAACUGGUUGGAAACCUCAAAGGAAACUAUCAGAAUUUGAACCAGUCGGUAGCCCACGACUGGACCUCGGGUUUACAGAGACUUAUUUUGAAGAAGGAAGAGGAGAUCAGAGCUGCCGACUGCUGUCGGAUCCAGUUACAGCUCCCGGGGAAGCAGGACAAGUCCGGCCGGCCGACUUUCUUCACUGCUGUGUUCAGUACCUUCACCGCCGCCAUCAAGGAGUCCUGGAUCAACAACCUGCAGAUGGCCAAGCUUGCCCUCGAGGAAGAGAACCAUCUGGGCUGGUUCUACGUGGAGGACGACGGGAAUCAGAUCAAGAAGGAGAGGCACCCCCUCCUCGUGGGACACAUGCCCGUGACGGUGGCCAAGCAGCAGGAGUUCAAGAUCGAAUGUGCCGUUUAUAAUCCUGAGCCUUACCUAAAUAACGAGAAUCAGCCAGACUCGUUUUCCACGGCUCAUGGUUUCCUGUGGAUCGGAAGCUGCACCAGUCAGAUGGGUCAGAUAGCCAUCGUCUCCUUUCAACACUCCAGCCCCAAGGUCAUCGAGUGCUUCAACGUGGAGUCCCGCGUCCUGUGCAUGGUGUACGUGCCCGCGGAGGACAGGCCCCGGGAGCCCGAGAGCAGGGGGGGCCGAGUGCUGGCCGUCCCCACCGUCUGCCUGGGGACGGAGGAGGGGAGCAUUUCCAUUUAUAAAAGCAGCCAAGGCUCCAAGAAGGUGCGGCUCCAGCACUUCUUCACUCCCGAGAAAUCCACGGUCAUGAGCUUGGCCUGCACGCCCCAGAGCCUGUACGCCGGCCUGGUCAACGGGGCCGUGGCCGUCUACGCCAGAGCGGACGAUGGAUCCUGGAAUUCCGAACCUCAAACAGUGAUAAAAUUAGGCGUCCUCCCAGUUCGAAGUCUGCUAAUGAUGGAAGACACGCUGUGGGCGGCGUCUGGAGGUCAAGUGUCUGUAAUCAGCGUGGAGACUCACGCCGUGGAGAGCCAGCUGGAGGCCCACCAGGAGGAGGGCAUGGUGGUCUCACACAUGGCCAUUGCCGGCGUGGGCAUCUGGAUCGCCUUCACCUCGGGCUCCACGCUCCGCCUCUUCCACACGGAGACGCUCAAACAUCUCCAGGACGUCAACGUCGCCACCCCGGUCCACCACAUGCUGCCAGGUGUGUGUGCCUGGUGUGUGUUGGCCCACGUCUCCACGGGGCUUUUAAGGACCAGGCUCACGCUGCACGGCAUUCCCCUCCUUUUCCACGUUGGCUGCGUCUCCUGGCUCCCGGCUGGAGAAGAGAAAGAUCCGGUGUGCAGCACGUGGGCUCCCACCCACACCGCGUGAACAGACCUGUGCAGGAAGCCCUCCCAGGGCGCUCGAGUCCCCAGUCCCUGUUGGACCAAAGCCCAGCGGUCACGUACCUGUGACCACAUAACCUGUUUGCACCUGGGCCACCGGCUGUACUUCAUCUUGUUUUCUUUCCUUCUUUCCACCCCCCAGUUAACGACUCCCUUGUUUCUUAUCCACCUGCGUGGCUUUCACCGUUCAGGUCAGGAUCCGCCUGGGUUCCCGUGGAGCCAGGAGACCGUGUGGUCAGGUGGGGACACCUGGCGGCCCCGUGUCCCCGGGCCCCUUGGCAGGUGUGCCCCCGCCUGCUGUCGCCAUCACCACACACAGUCCCUGCCCCCUCCUCGGGGCCCCCGCCGCCCUGGGCCUCCUAUCCCUGUGCCAGGACUUAGGGCUCUUUCUCCCGAGCCCGCGUCCCAUGCAGAAGGAGGCUUUGGGUGGCGUGUUCUCCCGCAUCUGCCUGCUGUAUGCGAAAUACCUCCAGGUUCACCAGUGUCCGGGGAUUUUGUGCUUUGUCUGCAUCUCAUAUUUUACUCUCGGGUUUGUAGCUGCUGGACCUGGUGGACAGUUAAAGCAGAAAUCAGCGACACUUAGAAUGAGAGCCCUCUUGCUACGCCCGGGCAGGGGUUCUUGAAUGUGGUCCUCGGAAAGGCGUCUGACGUCGGUCUGAUUUUCUUGCAGUUUUGGGAACAGGGAGGCCAGACACCCAUGUCUUGUCUGUCCUUCUUUGAAUCGUCUUACCCUUGGGCCAGUGUUUCACGGUGAGGAGUGUUGCAUCGUGUCCCCUCUGACCCUUAGAUACUUGUGUCAGUGCGUGUUUGCACCCUCUGUGAGCCUGUGGAAUUGCAGGUCUUUGGACCACCAUCAUCCUGGACACGUGUAUGUAAACCUCAUUCUAGAGUUGUGUUCAUGACGUUGCCCGAAUGGGUUUUUUACGUGUAUGUGGCAAUAACGUGCAAACUGUCCUUUUGUGCUCUCGCUGGAAUACAAAAUUCCAGUAGGUUCCAGAGAGGAAGACUUCCCAGGCCAGAAAGAACACAAUUUGAAAAAAAAAAAACGUACUAUACUGUACUGUCACUCACGCCUUUUUUGUAGCAGAAUUGAGAACCCCGUUUGGUUCCCUAGAGGCCUCAGUGUGCUUUCCCCUGCAGACUGUGACUCGUGUGGCAAGCUGCAUCUUUCUGUGCGGUUUGGAGCUCUGUUCUGAGCACCAGUAGCUCGAGCGCUUUGCCACAAACCACAUCGUACUCGGCAGACACAGUGCAUGACGGCGCCUGGGGUCAGCACACACGUUUCGAAGGGCCGUCGGUCAACCUUCCCGGCCCCCGAGGUGGUUACAGCCCGUGGUUCAGAGGGCGGCAUCUCCUCCGGGUCAGGAGGCUGCACGAGUCACGUCAGGAUGCAGCUGUUUCCUCUUCGUCCAGAACAGUCAGGGGAGGGUGUUUGGAUGAAAAAGUGCCGAGACCCCCGCCCCCCUGUCAGAUUAGCCUUCCCAGGUCCCCGCUGAGUGAGCACGUUGCUUUCCAGGGGUGACGUAACCAAAUGAAGUGGCACAAUUUUCUAUCUAAUACAAAAGUCACUGUAACUCUUCUAA